AUGUCCAAGGAAGAUGUUGGAGGAAGUAAUGAGACUACAAGGGAGGAAUUUGAUACACAUGAAUACUGUGUGAGGCGUAGAUACAAUGACUUUGUAUGGUUACGUCAGAGAUUGGAAGAUGGUUAUCCGACACAUUUGGUGCCUCCUCUGCCUGCUAAACACAGCCUACGGCGUUUGGACCGUUUCAGUUCUGAGUUUCUACGAGUUCGACAACAAGCAUUACAGAAAUUCCUCACCCGAAUCGCUGAUCAUCCAGUCUUGUCCUUUGAUAAACAUUUUCAUGUAUUUCUCACUGCUAAAGCUUGGGAAUUCAAUGCCCAUAAAAAGAAAGGACAAGGUUUGAUCAGCCGAGUCACCAACUCCCUUCACAACAUAAGUGCUUCAUACAUGAUGAAAAACCGGCCUCCUGAGUUUGCAGUGAUGCAUGACUACGUGCAGUCUUUUGGUGAUAAACUUGCAUCA